GGGGAAUUGCCGAUUCCUGUUGUAUCUUCUCCGUGUCCGCUUUGCGAAAUGAACCAAGAGCCCCCCUGAAACAGUUACUCUACUCUGGAGAGAUCACAGUUUGCAGAAAAGUGUUUCCUCAAGGACGAUGCUCCGGAGAUAGGGAGUAACCCAGUGUUAUGCGCCUCUGGCCGCUCGCCGAAGUGUCCGUUGGCCGAGUAUCAUGCAAGCAUGAAGGUUGCACGACCGGCGUCUUGUGGAUACCCACCGGAAGCAACUCGAGGAAUCCACGCGGUCUGGUUAAUAUACUGAAGAGGCAUGAUUAGAUUGUGCACUAUAGACAAAGGAGUUGAGCUGGCCGUAUCUUCCCCAAAUGACCGACAUGGUUGGUUUGGACUGGCCGCAAAUUAUCUGCAUAUAUAGCGGCCCUUCCCUACAGAAGCCCGGAACUGGAGUUCUACACGGUGGUAUCGUAUUCUUGCACAUUGCCGCAACUACAUCAUAUCAUGUAUUUGCCGAUUUUCGCAGCCUCGGCCUCUCUGUUGGUGGGAGUGGCUCAUGGCUAUGCGUCGCCCGGAUCGUGUUCGGGUGCUUGCAAUGUCCAUGACCCAAGCUUGAUCCGCCGUGAGUCGGACGGUCGCUAUUUCCGUUUCUCAACUGGAAAUAAGAUAUCUUAUGCCUCUUCUUCGUCGAUCGCGGGCCCAUGGACGACAAUUGGAUCGAUGCUGCCGCAUGGUUCGUCAAUCGAUCUGGCCGGGAACACUGAUCUCUGGGCUCCAGAUGUCCACCUUGUGAACGGCGUUUAUUAUGUUUACUAUUCGGUUUCCACCUUUGGAUCUCAGAAAUCUGCCAUCGGACUUGCGACGUCUACUACCAUGAACUCUGGCACCUGGAAGGACCAUGGCUCCGUGGGGAUCACAUCAGACUCCACCAAGUUGUACAAUGCCAUUGAUCCGAAUCUUAUCAAAGCUGGUGGGAACUAUUACAUGAACUUUGGAUCUUUCUGGGACGACCUUUAUCAGGCUCCUAUGAAGUCAACUCCGACUGCUUCUGCGUCAAGCUCCCAUAACAUCGCAUUCAACCCCAGCGGCACUCACGCUGAGGAGGGAGCAUUCAUGUACGAGCAUGGAGGCUACUAUUAUCUAUUUUACUCUGCCGGAAUCUGCUGCAGCUAUGAUACCUCAAAGCCAGCAUCUGGUGCGGAGUAUAAGAUCAAAGUCUGCCGGUCAAAAUACCCGACGAGUGGCUUUGUUGAUGCAAGCGGAGUGGCUUGCACCAACGGCGGCGGUACUACCGUUCUCGAAAGUCACGGUACUGUGUAUGGACCUGGUGGACAGGGUGUAUUCACUGAUCCCACUCACGGUCCUGUGCUUUACUACCAUUAUGUUGAUACCACCAUUGGCUAUGCGGACAGCCAGAAGCGCUUCGGGUGGAACGCCAUCGACUUCUCGAGCGGAUGGCCUGUGGUGUAAGAUAUCAGUUUGCACGCGCGUUUGGCGUACACAAUGGAAGACAUUUUCAAUCAUCCAAAAGAGAGGAAAGAAAUUCGUGGGAAAUUCCAGUAGAGGUCUGCCUGAGGUUCUGUCAUCUUUAUCUACAAAGAUCUUUUGGUUGCAACUCGGACAGUAAUCGUCAUAGAAUCAUAUUGAGACCCUGUAUGGAUAUUCUAACAGCUAUGCAAAAAGAUACCAUGAGAGGAAUAUAUCUUCAUGGAGAGGGAUAGAUCAGGAUACUGUAGAACAAUCUUCUUCGAGUCACUGAAUGAGUUUGGGCUCACGGCAAAGCAGCGGACACGGAACGGAGAAACAUUAGACCGAUCGGGGCAUAUUUGGAUACUAAAGUACGGA